UACAAAAGGAUGUCUUAUAAGCUGAAUCUACACUGACGAUUUAAGCAUAAAAAAUGGCAAUUGGAAAGAAACAAACCAAAGCCAAUCAUAAAUAAAAGACAUCUCAAAGAACUCGGGAAACUGUUGCGUUGGACUUUAUCAGCCCUCUGCAAAAGGCAAAGGAAGUAAUUAGCAUUCUCAGCUGUGACGCGCUUCCAAAAUUCUUUGGUUAAAUCUAACAAAGUUCAUUCAACCAUGCCAUCACCAACUCUCUUCUUGACUUUGUUCUCAAUCCCUGUUAUACAAAACUAAAAAAUCGUUUAAUGGCAAUCCACAACAUAAAGUUGAAAUGUUCAGAUAAUAUAAAUAUAUUUUUCCAAGGUUGAUGCCAGUCAGUGAUUAAACAAAGAUAUGUUACCAGCCAUCAGCGAAGGCAAACACUAUAUAAAGGCAUCCAAUCCAUGGUUUGGGAAGGAAGAAAGGAAAAAAGCAUAACUGUUUUAAAAGAAGAUCGCUAAGUUUUUACAAUCAAACAAGAGAAGAUGGGAACGAGGCAGUGGCCUCGUCUGAUCCUUGCAUUUGCAUUUUGCCUUAUGGCUAUCAGUGUUGAAGCUGAUGAUGAUAAGCCUUACUAUGCCCAGCCAUCCAACUACUAUCCACACCCAACACCACCGUAUCAAUACCAAAAACGUCCUUAUUACUACCAAUCUCCACCUCCACCUUCACCAUCACCACCACCUCCUCCCUAUGUAGAUAAAUUCCCUCCAUAUUAUUACAAAUCUCCACCUCCACCCUAUGUUUAUAAGUCACCACCCCCUCCCUCUCCUUCAACACCUCCGCCAUAUGUUUACAAGUCCCCUCCUCCACCAUCUCCCUCACCACCACCUCCCUAUGUCUACAAAUCUCCACCACCACCAUCUCCCUCACCACCACCUCCCUAUGUUUACAAGUCCCCACCACCACCAUCUCCCUCACCACCACCUCCCUAUGUUUAUAAGUCCCCACCACCUCCAUCUCCCUCACCACCACCUCCCUAUGUUUAUAAGUCCCCACCACCACCAUCUCCCUCACCACCACCUCCCUAUGUUUACAAGUCCCCACCACCUCCAUCUCCCUCACCACCACCUCCUUAUGUUUAUAAGUCCCCACCACCACCAUCUCCCUCACCACCACCUCCCUAUGUUUAUAAGUCCCCACCACCACCAUCUCCUUCACCACCACCUCCCUAUGUUUACAAGUCCCCACCACCACCAUCUCCUUCACCACCACCUCCCUAUGUUUAUAAGUCCCCACCACCACCAUCUCCCUCACCACCACCUCCCUAUGUCUACAAGUCUCCACCUCCUCCAUCUCCCUCACCACCACCUCCUUAUGUUUAUAAGUCCCCACCACCACCAUCUCCUUCACCACCACCUCCCUAUGUUUAUAAGUCCCCACCACCACCAUCUCCCUCACCACCACCUCCCUAUGUCUACAAGUCUCCACCUCCUCCAUCUCCCUCACCACCACCUCCUUAUGUUUAUAAGUCCCCACCACCACCAUCUCCUUCACCACCACCUCCCUAUGUUUAUAAGUCCCCACCACCACCAUCUCCUUCACCACCACCUCCCUAUGUUUACAAGUCCCCACCACCACCAUCUCCUUCACCACCACCUCCCUAUGUUUAUAAGUCCCCACCACCACCAUCUCCCUCACCACCACCUCCCUAUGUCUACAAGUCUCCACCUCCUCCAUCUCCCUCACCACCACCUCCUUAUGUUUAUAAGUCCCCACCACCACCAUCUCCUUCACCACCACCUCCCUAUGUUUAUAAGUCCCCACCACCACCAUCUCCUUCACCACCACCUCCCUAUGUUUACAAGUCCCCACCACCACCAUCUCCUUCACCACCACCUCCCUAUGUUUAUAAGUCCCCACCACCACCAUCUCCCUCACCACCACCUCCCUAUGUCUACAAGUCUCCACCUCCUCCAUCUCCCUCACCACCACCUCCUUAUGUUUAUAAGUCCCCACCACCACCAUCUCCCUCACCACCACCUCCUUAUGUUUAUAAGUCCCCACCACCACCAUCUCCUUCACCACCACCUCCCUAUGUUUACAAGUCCCCACCACCACCAUCUCCUUCACCACCACCUCCCUAUGUUUAUAAGUCCCCACCACCACCAUCUCCCUCACCACCACCUCCCUAUGUCUACAAGUCUCCACCUCCUCCAUCUCCCUCACCACCACCUCCUUAUGUUUAUAAGUCCCCACCACCACCAUCUCCUUCACCACCACCUCCCUAUGUUUAUAAGUCCCCACCACCACCAUCUCCCUCACCACCACCUCCCUAUGUCUACAAGUCUCCACCUCCUCCAUCUCCCUCACCACCACCUCCUUAUGUUUAUAAGUCCCCACCACCACCAUCUCCUUCACCACCACCUCCCUAUGUUUAUAAGUCCCCACCACCACCAUCUCCUUCACCACCACCUCCCUAUGUUUACAAGUCCCCACCACCACCAUCUCCUUCACCACCACCUCCCUAUGUUUAUAAGUCCCCACCACCACCAUCUCCUUCACCACCACCUCCCUAUGUUUACAAGUCCCCACCACCACCAUCUCCUUCACCACCACCUCCCUAUGUUUAUAAGUCCCCACCACCACCAUCUCCCUCACCACCACCUCCCUAUGUCUACAAGUCUCCACCUCCUCCAUCUCCCUCACCACCACCUCCUUAUGUUUAUAAGUCCCCACCACCACCAUCUCCUUCACCACCACCUCCCUAUGUUUAUAAGUCCCCACCACCACCAUCUCCUUCACCACCACCUCCCUAUGUUUACAAGUCCCCACCACCACCAUCUCCUUCACCACCACCUCCCUAUGUUUAUAAGUCCCCACCACCACCAUCUCCCUCACCACCACCUCCCUAUGUCUACAAGUCUCCACCUCCUCCAUCUCCCUCACCACCACCUCCUUAUGUUUAUAAGUCCCCACCACCACCAUCUCCUUCACCACCACCUCCCUAUGUUUAUAAGUCCCCACCACCACCAUCUCCCUCACCACCACCUCCCUAUGUCUACAAGUCUCCACCUCCUCCAUCUCCCUCACCACCACCUCCUUAUGUUUAUAAGUCCCCACCACCACCAUCUCCUUCACCACCACCUCCCUAUGUUUAUAAGUCCCCACCACCACCAUCUCCCUCACCACCACCUCCCUAUGUCUACAAGUCUCCACCUCCUCCAUCUCCCUCACCACCACCUCCUUAUGUUUAUAAGUCCCCACCACCACCAUCUCCUUCACCACCACCUCCCUAUGUUUAUAAGUCCCCACCACCACCAUCUCCCUCACCACCACCUCCCUAUGUCUACAAGUCUCCACCUCCUCCAUCUCCCUCACCACCACCUCCUUAUGUUUAUAAGUCCCCACCACCACCAUCUCCUUCACCACCACCUCCCUAUGUUUAUAAGUCCCCACCACCACCAUCUCCCUCACCACCACCUCCCUAUGUCUACAAGUCUCCACCUCCUCCAUCUCCCUCACCACCACCUCCUUAUGUUUAUAAGUCCCCACCACCACCAUCUCCUUCACCACCACCUCCCUAUGUUUAUAAGUCCCCACCACCACCAUCUCCCUCACCACCACCUCCCUAUGUCUACAAGUCUCCACCUCCUCCAUCUCCCUCACCACCACCUCCUUAUGUUUAUAAGUCCCCACCACCACCAUCUCCUUCACCACCACCUCCCUAUGUUUAUAAGUCCCCACCACCACCAUCUCCCUCACCACCACCUCCCUAUGUCUACAAGUCUCCACCUCCUCCAUCUCCCUCACCACCACCUCCUUAUGUUUAUAAGUCCCCACCACCACCAUCUCCUUCACCACCACCUCCCUAUGUUUAUAAGUCCCCACCACCACCAUCUCCCUCACCACCACCUCCCUAUGUCUACAAGUCUCCACCUCCUCCAUCUCCCUCACCACCACCUCCUUAUGUUUAUAAGUCCCCACCACCACCAUCUCCUUCACCACCACCUCCCUAUGUUUAUAAGUCCCCACCACCACCAUCUCCCUCACCACCACCUCCCUAUGUCUACAAGUCUCCACCUCCUCCAUCUCCCUCACCACCACCUCCUUAUGUUUAUAAGUCCCCACCACCACCAUCUCCUUCACCACCACCUCCCUAUGUUUAUAAGUCCCCACCACCACCAUCUCCCUCACCACCACCUCCCUAUGUCUACAAGUCUCCACCUCCUCCAUCUCCCUCACCACCACCUCCUUAUGUUUAUAAGUCCCCACCACCACCAUCUCCUUCACCACCACCUCCCUAUGUUUAUAAGUCCCCACCACCACCAUCUCCCUCACCACCACCUCCCUAUGUCUACAAGUCUCCACCUCCUCCAUCUCCCUCACCACCACCUCCUUAUGUUUAUAAGUCCCCACCACCACCAUCUCCUUCACCACCACCUCCCUAUGUUUAUAAGUCCCCACCACCACCAUCUCCCUCACCACCACCUCCCUAUGUCUACAAGUCUCCACCUCCUCCAUCUCCCUCACCACCACCUCCUUAUGUUUAUAAGUCCCCACCACCACCAUCUCCUUCACCACCACCUCCCUAUGUUUAUAAGUCCCCACCACCACCAUCUCCCUCACCACCACCUCCCUAUGUCUACAAGUCUCCACCUCCUCCAUCUCCCUCACCACCACCUCCUUAUGUUUAUAAGUCCCCACCACCACCAUCUCCUUCACCACCACCUCCCUAUGUUUAUAAGUCCCCACCACCACCAUCUCCCUCACCACCACCUCCCUAUGUCUACAAGUCUCCACCUCCUCCAUCUCCCUCACCACCACCUCCUUAUGUUUAUAAGUCCCCACCACCACCAUCUCCUUCACCACCACCUCCCUAUGUUUAUAAGUCCCCACCACCACCAUCUCCCUCACCACCACCUCCCUAUGUCUACAAGUCUCCACCUCCUCCAUCUCCCUCACCACCACCUCCUUAUGUUUAUAAGUCCCCACCACCACCAUCUCCUUCACCACCACCUCCCUAUGUUUAUAAGUCCCCACCACCACCAUCUCCCUCACCACCACCUCCCUAUGUCUACAAGUCUCCACCUCCUCCAUCUCCCUCACCACCACCUCCUUAUGUUUAUAAGUCCCCACCACCACCAUCUCCUUCACCACCACCUCCCUAUGUUUAUAAGUCCCCACCACCACCAUCUCCCUCACCACCACCUCCCUAUGUCUACAAGUCUCCACCUCCUCCAUCUCCCUCACCACCACCUCCUUAUGUUUAUAAGUCCCCACCACCACCAUCUCCUUCACCACCACCUCCCUAUGUUUACAAGUCCCCACCACCACCAUCUCCCUCACCACAACCUCCCUAUGUUUAUAAGUCCCCACCUCCACCAUCACCUUCACCUCCCCCACCUUAUGUCUACAAAUCCCCUCCACCACCAUCUCCCCCUCCUCCACCUCCAUAUGUUUAUAAGUCACCUCCCCCACCAUCACCUUCACCACCUCCCCCAUAUUACUACAAGUCUCCACCCCCACCUUCUCCCUCUCCUCCUCCGCCAUAUGUUUACAAGUCUCCUCCUCCACCUUCUCCCGCGCCUCCUCCACCAUACUAUUACAAGUCACCACCACCUCCUUCUCCUUCACCACCACCAUAUUACUACAAGUCUCCACGCCCGCCUCCUAUGUAUUAAGCUUGCAGCUAAAUCAAUAUCAAUUUUUUCAUUACGUUCAACAUUGUUGCCAUUAAUUUGUAAUGCUAUGAAUUUCUUCAUAAUAAGGCCUGCACCAAAGUAAUCCUUCUUUUGGAUAUACUGUAGCCAUGUUUGUUUAUUGUUGUCAGUUCAGAAGUGUGCCUUAAUCUCUUUCUCCAAUAUACAUUUACUAUCAUACUUUAUUCUUGGCUUUCACUCGCCUCUUUGCAUUUUGAAGUUAUGAUGAUGGCAUUCGUGAAACAUUGAUAAAUGGAAAUUUUCUCAUUCACAUCUU